AUGAAUGAUGCGUUUAUUGCUAAGAGGGUUUGGAGUUUCUUUAAUAAAGCAGACCAGCUUUGGGUUCAUGUUUUAAAAGUUAAGUAUGAGUCGAGGAUAAGAAGAGAUGGUUGCUUUGUGGAUUGUAAUGGAGAUUCUGCAUUAUGGAGGAAUAUGUGUAGAAUUUGGAGGGAGAUGGAGGGGAGGCUAAGAUGGGAAGUUGGUAAUGGUAAGGAUAUUUUGUUCUGGUAUGAUAAUUGGCUGAACCUGGACCAUACUUUGCAGGAUUUAGCCAACAACACGAUUUCUAUUCCUAAUGGUGAUCUGCGUGUGGCGGAUGUGGUUAAGCCAGAUGAGGAAUGGGAUUUCGAGUCUUUAAGUAUUUGGUUCCCUAAAAAUGUCAUUGAUAUUUUUCGUGGAACUCUUCCACCGUUGGGUGAUGAUGGACCUAAUAUUAAGAAGUGGGAGCUAGAUGGGGAUAAUCUGGUUUCGGUCAAGGCCAUUUACAAGGUUUUAGCUGGCCAAGAGCUAAGUGUGGAUCUGUUUUGCGAUAGAUGGACGUGGAUGUGGAGAAAUGACCAUGUGCAUGGUAAUGUUUUACCUUUGGUGACUGUGAGGGAAAGUACAAUCUGUAAUCUAGUUAGAGAUAUUAAGGAUGCUUCGUUUCCUGGUGAUGGAGUGGUAAAGAUCAAUACAGAUGGAGUUGCUAGGGGAAAUCCUGGAUUAGCUGCUUAUGGAGGCUUGAUCCGUAAUUCCCAAGGGAGGUGGCUAGGAGGUUUCGCGUACAAGUUGGGCUUAUUAUGUUCUUCUUUCAAGGCAGAGCUUUGGGGUGUCCUUAGGGGUCUGGAAUUGGCCUGGAAUGAAGGAAACCGAAAUAUCAUCAUUGAAAGUGAUUCAUCUAGUGUGAUCACUGUGCUUACCAGAAGUGGGGAAGCAGUCCGAGAGUGUCAUUUGAUUGCUCGCUUUCGGACAUGGAUUAAUAAAAGUUGGUCAAUGACUUUCAUGCAUACCUACAGGGAAGAAAAUAUUUGUGCUGAUUGGUUGGAAAACUAUAUUAUUGAUAUGGAAGAGCAUAUUCUGUAUCAAAUAUGGAGAGAUCUUCCCCCUGGUAGUCAGCAUUUGCUUUUUGGUGAUCUCACGCUGUGUGCCAUUCGACAAGGAGAUUCUGAAAUUGCCGAGUCUUGGUUUGAUCAAGCUGCUGAAUAUUGGAAACAAGCUAUAGCUCUCACUCCCAGUAAUUAUAUUGAAGCACAGAAUUGGUUGAAGAUCACAGGGCGUUUUGAAUAA